AUGUUGACAGGAGUACUCGUGGUAAUAUUGGUUAUUUUGAUCGUCUCUUAUGGAUGGCAUAUUCAUCGAGCUUAUAGUGUCUUCAUUCGUCUUGGUAUUCCUGGUCCGCCAACACGAUUCUUUUUCGGGAACUUCUUGGAUAUUCUCAAAACUGAUCGCAUUUCAUUAGCGAUUCAAACAUGGACUGAAAAAUAUGGAAAGAUAUUCGGCUAUUUCGAAGGACACACGCCGAUUCUUGUCAUAUCCGAUCCUGAUAUUUUACAAGAUGUUUUUAUCACAUCAUUCUCCAAUUUUCAUUCUCGUCGUGAAAUUUUAUUUGCCGAAUCUAAGGCCAAAAAUGCUCAUCUGUUUGUUGCUCGUGGUCUUCGUUGGAAACGGCCACGAUUUAUUAUCAAUCCGACAUUUUCAUCUUUAAAACUCAAACAAAUGUCUCCAUUAAUCAAUCACAGUGUCGAUAUUCUCAUGGAAAAAAUGGCUGAACAACAUCAAUGCGGUCAAUCGUUUGAUAUAUUUGUGUUUUUCAAACGUUUUACCAUGGAUACAAUUUGGUCAUGUGGAUUUGGUCUGGAUACGAAUAUGCAGCAUGAUCUGAAUAAUCAGUAUCUUCUAUAUUCACAAAGAGUCUUAACUAAGGAAUUUUGUCUUACCAAAUUGGUUAUUUGUUUUAUAUUUAUGAAUGAAUUAAAAUGGCUUUGA